AUGUACCAUCAGAGGAGUGUCGACGGAUCUAACCCGAAGAGAAACGGCGGAGCUCGGAACCCUCGUCACUACUCGCCAUCAUCUCCAAUCUCGCCGCUGUCACCAACCGUUGCCGCCGUCGUCACCGAUCUUCUCAGCCGAUUCACUGCUUUGUCCGUGAGUCCUCUACGUGGCUGCAAGUCUCCUCAUCUCCAUAAGUUGUCAUCGUAG